UGCGAUGACUUCAACGACUGCGGCGACUACAGCGACGAGCUAAACUGUAACUGUACAUCGGAACAGUUCAAAUGCGACAACGGCAUAUGCAUGUACAAUUGGAAUCGAUGUGACGGGUACAAUCAAUGCGGGGAUUUCAGUGACGAACGAAACUGUAAUUGCAGCGCGGACCAGUUUACUUGCCCGGACUCCGGCAUGUGCAUUUUUGGAGGGAGCGUCUGCGAUGGCUUCAACACUUGCGGCGAUUACAGUGACGAGAAAAACUGCAACUGCACUUCGGACCAGUUUGAGUGUGUAAGCUCCGGCAUGUGCGUUAACCAAUUCAGUGUGUGCGAUGGGCGCGAUAACUGCGGCGACUACAGCGACGAGCAAAACUGCAACUGCACAGAGCGGUUUGUUUGUGUGAACAACGGCAUGUGCAUCGAUAGUUGGAGAGUAUGCGAUGGUGUCAACGACUGCAGCGACUAUAGUGACGAACAUGAAUGUAACUGCACCGCUGACCAGUUUGCGUGUGAAGAUAGCGGCAUGUGCGUUGGUUUAGAAUACGUGUGCGACCGAUACUUAAACUGCGGGGACGGCAGCGACGAAUUCAAUUGCACAGGUCCCUGCACCAACGUUGAGGUUUUGUGCAUGAGCGGCGACCAUUGUAUAAAUAAACAGGGUGUGUGCGACGGUUACAACGACUGUGGCGACUUUAGUGAUGAGCAGAACUGCAACUGCACCGAGAAAUUCGUGUGCCACGACAGCGGCAUGUGCAUUGCAAAGGAGAGCGUGUGCGAUGGCUACAGCCAAUGCGGCGACUAUAGUGAUGAGAGAGACUGUAACUGCACCACAUACCAGUUCCAGUGUGGCAACGGCAUGUGCGUUUCACAACUUUAUUUGUGCGACGGCUACGACGCCUGUGGUGACGGCAGUGACGAACAAAACUGCCCGACUCUUCUUCCAGGUGAAUGCUAUCCGUGGCUGUUCAAUUGCGAGAACGAAGACAGAUGCAUUCCAGCAGAAUGGGUGUGUUAUGGUGACAACGAUUGUGGAAACCGCGCCGAUGAAGAAAAUUGCAACUGCACGGCAGACCAGUUUGUGUGCGAGGUCAGCGGGAUGUGCCUGAACGCGUGGAGUUUGUGCGACGAAGUUGACGACUGCGGCGAUAAGGAUGGCGGGGGAGUGAAGGAUGGCGGGGGAGUGAAGGAUGGCGGGGGAAUGAAGGAUGGCGUUGAAAUAUAG